AACAACCUUAAACAAACAUCUCGCGAGAUUUGGCCAUAGCUGUAUCCCCUCUAGCCAGAACCGCGAUCCUGCGGUGUUUCUUUUACUUUCUCUACAUCACUUCCUUCUGUACUAGUCCUACAUGCAUUGCUACAGUAUCGUAUACUGGCGGGAGAUUUGGAGAGAAGCGUUUCUGUAAUGCCGUGUCAUACACGGCAACAUACAAAUAUUUGAAGACAGUCAACUUUUUGUCAGGUUUAAUGGGAUUCAGCGCACAAAUGGACCCGUUAGACUUUCUAACAAAUGAAGAUUUGUUAUUGUUUUUCCGUCGCAAGAAAACGGAAAUGUCCUGCAUUGAUCAGCCGCACACUUUCCUCACCCAGCUUCGGGAUUAUGACCUCCUCCCUGAGAAACUUUAUAAGAAGUUAAAAACGACGCGUUCUCGUGAACAAAAACAGAAGGGUGUCUAUGAGGUUUUGGACUGUAUUGAGAAAGAGAAUCCUAAUCAUAUGCUUCAGUUCUGGAGAUGUGUGUUUAAAGACCAUAUUUUGCAGCAGUAUCCCACAAUACGCUUGCUCAGAAACAGCCUGCUGGACGGAAGCUUCAAAUUCUAUGAGGAACCUUCUCAUGCUGAAGUAUUACCUGAGACUGAGAAGAAUGAGGGGAAGCAGGAGAAAGCAAAGAAGGCAAAAAAGAGAAAGGUAGAUGAUGCAAGUGGUGAGGAUAGUGAUAGUCCAGGUCCUUCAUCUUCCUCCAAGCCCGCUCGAAAGAAAUUAAGCAAGAAACUCUCCUUCUCAUCUCCUGUAAAGAAAGGAGACAGUCAGGAGAUUUGGAAGUGGCCUAUUUAUAAAACUCAGCUGCCUGUAACCUGUGGCACACAAGAGGGCAACCUUCAUCGGGACAAGCUGGCCAAAGGGGAGAAGUGCAUAUUUGCAAAGGGACGCUGGUUCAGUCCAUCUGGUUUUGAGCAGUUUGGAGGAAAAGAAAGGUGCAAAAACUGGAAACAGAGUAUUCGUUGCAGGAAAACACCACUUAAGAAACUCAUUGAGGAGGGGCAUCUUCAGUGUCCACCGAUUGAGAGAAGAAAACGUACAUGUGUCUUAAACACCACACCAGUGCGGCUUUCUGACAGCUCAGCAGAAAACUCCAGCACGAACUCUAGUGAAACCAGUCCUGGGACAGAGGAGGAAAGAGACGCUGAGGAUUUCGAAGAGCAAGGAGGAAUGGAGUUUAGAGAGAGAGUAGAGGAAGAAGAGGAAGAAGACAUGGGCGAUCUUUCUGUUUUUCAGACUCCCUCUUUGCCAGUCACCUGUGUUUCACUAAGUGCGACUCUACACAAAUAUCGGUUUGCAUCAGGUUUGCGUGGGAAAUGUAUACGUACCGAUGAAAGCUGGCUCACUCCUGAAGAGUUUGUCAAACAGGAGACAACUCUCACUGAUCCAACCUGGAGAAGAGAUAUAAUGUGCCAUGGCAAAACUCUUAACUUCUUAUUGAAGAAAGAUAUUCUGCGCAUCCAUUCACUCCUUUGUGAGUGUGAGAAAUGCAGUGAUCAAGAACAUGACCUGUCAGAACAGAGAAAUGAUGACGUGUGUUAUGAGUGUGGCUCUGACGGAGAUCUUGUGUGCUGUGAUGAGUGUCCACGAGCUUUUCAUUCACAAUGUCACCUGCCAAAUGUAAACGAAGAUUCAACUGGAGAAUGGAUGUGCACUUUCUGUGUACUGAGGACCAAUCAACAGUGGCGUAACUCCAGUCACAUAACUGAAGAAGAAGCUUUGAAACUUCCAGUGUCCUCCCAGUAUAGACUGUACUGCGACUACCUGCUGUUAUAUAUGUACAGAGAGGACGCCCAGCAUGUGUUUGUAAAGGACCCCCGCAAAACAGUGCGGCGAUAUGCUGAGUUUGUAACUCAUCCCAUGUGGCUGGACAAAAUAAAGUUGAAGCUGAAAGCUAAGGAUUAUCAAACUGUUGGAGACUUUGUGUCGGAUAUUCAGCUCAUCUUUAGCAACUGCAGGACAUUUAACAGGGACAAUGAUUUUGGCAAAAUGGGGGCCAGACUGAAGGAUUUGAUAGACAGGGAGUUUAAGAAAGUCUUCUCUAUCCAAUAACAUUUCUCUUUUUAUCUCUGGUAUCGUUUUAAAAGAAAAUAUGCUAUUAUAUACUCCUUUUUUUGCAUUAUGAUGUUAUGUCAUUCUCAUCAUGACUUAAGACUUUUUCACAAACUCUAUAUGUUUGUAUAGACGGUAUUCAAAUCACAAUGAAAGAAAUUUGAUUUAUCGCUUUAUACUUUAUCAUUUCACUGUUGCACUGUAAAACUUGUUUUAAUCAUUCCACAAUAGAUUUGUUUUAAUCUUUUAAAUUGUUUAUUUUUGUCCAGAUAAUGUUUUGGUUUUUGAAACAAUCAUCUUUAUUUAUUAAAUUCUGUGCACCUUAAACCAGUAAGACAAAGUAUUUUGACAAAAUAUAACACGCUUCUCCUUUAAGAAAUAAACCUGAGUAAGCAGAUCUAACGUUUAAAGGGAUCGUUCACCCAAAACUGAACAUUCUGUCAUCAUUUACUCACCCUCAUGUUAUAGUAAACCUGUAUGAGUUCUUUAUUCAGUUGAACGCAAAAGAAGAUAUUUUGACAAAUGAUAGUAAGAUCACAGUAGAAAAAACAAAUACUAUGGAAGUCAAUGGGUACCAUCAACUGUGUGCUUACCAUCAUUUAAUAAAAUAUCACAUUUUGUGUUCAACAGAAUACAGAAAUUCAUAAAAAACAACAUAAGGUUGACUAAUGAUGACAGAAUGUUCAUUUUUGGGUGAACUGUCCCUUUAGGUGUUAAUCAUAAUCACUCUUAAAAACAUAAAGGUGAUUAAAAGGUACUUACAGCGAUGCCAUAGAAGAACCAUUUUUGGUUCCUCAAAGAACCAUUUAGCCAAAAGUUCUUAACUCUUUCCCUGGCAUUGACGAGUUAAAUCGUUAAUUAAGAGAAAAUAUUUCCCUGCCAGUGACGAGUUUUUCUGACAAUCCGUAUUUUCGCUAUUAUCCACCAGAGGGCACUCUUACCCAACUUAUACAACCCGAAAGCAACCCCUCACUUCAAACAAUUCAAACUCAGUGCAAGUCUUUCACAAAAAUGCAAUUACUUAAUUAUUUAAAAAACAACAUUUUCUGGAAGGCAUUAAAGUUUUGUGAAAAUCAUAAAAAAAUGCUGCCACUGGCUGGCGGGGAAAGAGUUAACUAAUUCGCUGCCAGCCUUUUUAAAAAGGUUGCCCGCCAGCAUUGUGAUUUUCACAAAAGUUUCACAAAAUUCCUUGCAAACAAAAUGAGGAAAAAUCUUACAUCCUAUCUUUACUUUUUUAUUUAAUUUUACCACUGAAAUAUGGAUUUCUCUUCAAAAAUACAAAAUUUUGAGCAAAAAGCUUUAAAAAUUGCAUUUUUGUAAAGGAAUUUAUGUUAGAGAUCAGACUCAAAACGAUUAUCAAACAAACAUGCAGUUUAAAAUUCAUUAAAUCAUUUUUGCUUCAGUUUUUUAUAAAUUGGGUAUUUUCAUAGAAAUUCAUCAAAAAGGCAUAUUUAUCAGGUAAAUAUUAACUCAUAAUUGACAAGAUAACUCCUCAAUGGCGGCAAAGAGUUAAAAAAGCAUGUCUUUAUACAUUUUUAUAAUCUGAAGAUGUUAAAGGUGCUUUUAUAAGAACCAUUUAGACAGAAAAGGUUCUUCUAUGGCAUUAUGAAGCAUCUUUAUUUUUAAGAGUGUCCUCAGACUAAUUUUUAUUGCUUGCAUUCUUACAAAACUUGUUUACAUUUGAAAAUUAUUUCAAUCACCUACAAUCUAUGUAUAUAAAAUUAAAGGUUUUUAUAUUGUAUUUUAUAUAACUUUGUUUUUGAGUGUUCAUUGAAAAUAAAAAUAAAAAUGAUAUAAGGUUCGGCAACAAACAAACACAAGGAGAUGUUACUAGUAAAAAAAAUUAAAAUAACCACACAUUACAACUAAGGUAUACAGAACAGCAUCUCAACAAACUUCUAUAGUACAAUAACAAUGUAUGUGCCAUACAAUAAUUAUUUGAUAAAUCUGUUAGGUUAGGGUAAGGGCACAAUGACAAUGUUAUUGAAAGUGAAAUUGACAAUGAAGUUUGCAUAAAUGCAUAUGCAUAAGUAAAAAUUUUAUACCAGGGCUCGAAAUUAAGGCUUGUCCGGGACAAGUGAAUUUUUUGAAGGAUGUUAAAUUUCAAACAAUGUUACUUAAUGUUAUGUGCCGUUAACGACAAAGCAGAACACGCAGUGCAAACACCGAGCGGAAUAUUGAACAGAGAGCGCAGCGCAAAACAUUCAAAAAUCCCACACAAACAUUACAGCGUAAAUGCUAGGAUUAAGAUUGAUUUUAUAUAAAACAGAUAAUCUAGAUACAAUUACCCUAAUACGUUUUUUAAAACAUGGUAAUGUUUUAAUGUUUUGCUUUAGUUAAAAUGAAGAGAAAAGCAGCAGAUAUAGCAUCCUUCUUCAGAAAGAGUAGCAAGAAGCAGCCAAAAGAAUCUUAGUAAAAUACAUUUCAGUGGCCUACAAAAUUCAGUUGUGAUUUUCUGGUCUCUAUUGUUUUUUCAGCUAUUGGAGAUAUAAAUUCUGGUUUCAAAGUAAAUUUCAAAAGUUUUAUUUGAUUAAAUAGUUAAAAAAAACAUGAGGUUGAAUUAUGACUAUAAAUUGUAUGUUAAUCUCAAUUCAUUUGAAUUAAAAUUAAAUUAUUGUAGCAAUUGUAUGUUAUACAUCAUUGUGAUUAAUGCACCUAUAAUACUUAAUAGUAUUUUAAGGUUGGAUGAAAGAGAUUUUAUUUAAUUUUAUUAUUAUUAUUAUUUAAUUAUUAUUAUACUAGGUGACGUCCGCGUAUGCGCGCCGUCCGCAUGACGUCAUUUUCGUCAUCAGGAGGUUCCGCAGCCGGACAGUGCGCGUACAGUCCGCGUACGACAGCGCAUGCGCGUGAAAAUAUUUAGACAGGACACUCCACUAUAAACAAUUAUACAAAGGAAAUAGACAGCAUUUGCACACACACUAUCGUUUUUCUUCUUUAACUUUUACUUCUUCCAAGAACAGAAAGCUGUGGAGCAUGUUUGUCUGAUUCCU